AACAUGUCGUCGCCUUCGUCGUCGUCGCGGCGCCAGUGGUGCUACCUGUGCGACCUACCCAAGAUGCCGUGGACGGUGGUGUGGGACUUCAGCGAGGUGGUGUGCCGCGGCUGCGUCAACUACGAGGGGGCCAACCAGAUCGAGUUCCUGAUCGCCAGCGCGCGGCAGCUCAAGCGCAGCCACGGCGGCGUGCAGGACGGCAACGUGCGCUCGCCCGGACCGGGACCCUCGCCGCACAAGCACGCCGCGCCGGGCCGCGGGGAGCCGGCGACGACGCACGGCGAGCGCUUCGAGCGCGCAGCCCGAGGGGACGGCGGCGGCCUGUCCGCCGCUCGCGUGCCGCCCAACGGCUUGCACCGCGACGGGCAGCCGCAGCCGCCGCCGCCGCCGCCAGAGGGGAACCGCCAGAGUCCCAGCGGCGGCCGGAGACCCAUGAUCGGCGCGGCCAUUCCGCCGAAUCUUGUGACUCAGAGCAUAGCGGGCAUCCCCCACGGGCUGCUGGCGGGCAUGCCGGCCGGCCUGACCGCCAGGACGGCGCCCAUGAGCGGCCCGAUGAUCUUCCCGGCGCCCGUGCUGGCCGAGAUGAACCGCCGCCAGCUGGGCAUCGGCAUGGGCAUCGCCCCCUUCAUCACGCCCGAGCUCGAGCGGGAGCUGAGCUCGUCCCAGGCCCAGCCCAAGUCGCACGCCGGCCCCAGCAAGGGCGCCGCCGGCCUGCCCUCCUCGUCGGCUUCCGUCAGCCAGACGAGCCCCAAGCCCGCGUCGUCGCCGGCCAGGCAGCCGCGGCCCCUCGCCGCCCGGGCCGGGGGCGAGCCGCUGUCGUCGGGCGGCUCGUCCGAGGCCGCCGCCCCCGGCGGCGCCUCCGAGCUGGGCUCCGCCUCGGCCGCCACCGGAAGCACCUUGUCCUGCACGCUGUGCCACGAGAGGCUGGAGGACACGCACUUCGUGCAGUGUCCGUCCGUACCGGGACACAGGUUCUGCUUCCCGUGCACCAGAGUGUACAUCCAGAGCCGGCGGGGUGACGGCGAGGUUUACUGCCCCAGCGGCGACCGCUGCCCGCUGGACACGUCGCUCAACAGCCCCCCCUGGGCGUUCAUGCAGGGCGAGGUGUCCACCAUCUUGGGCACCGGCGCAGCGGGCGCCCCGUCGGCCGCCGCGCCGGGGGCGGGGCCCGGCGCCGCCGCCCCCGGCGCGGCGGCGCAGAGCGGCGACGUCACCGUCAAGAAGGAGCGGGAGACGUGAUGGCGGUUUCCGCGGAAACCUGGAACAACGGCAGGCAGGCGGGACACUCGCACACACAAACACGUUUGCAACGACCCGAUGUGCGGGCCACCGUACGUCUCUGGAGUGGACGCGCACGAGGUGCCUCAGAGCUCAUCCCAAUAUUGUGCGCAAUAAUAGAAAGACAAGAACACACACACUAGCGGUGUCCGUAUUUAAAGCAGCCCAAUGUUCCCACACACACAAAAAAACAAUUGUGACCAAACAGUUGGUGCCACACAAUUAUAAAAAGACAAGAACACACGCUCAUCCUAGCUGAUGCCACACACUGGUAGGACGACAAGAAAGCCCACACUCACACAUACUAUUCACGUUACUUGGAUCAAGCAAAAUGUCCCUACAAAGAAGGGUGUUGCCAUGCGAACGUAGAAAGACAAUCAUUCACACACUAGCAUUUUCUUCAUUUGGUCCUGUGUGUACAAUGUCCCAAAUGAAAACUGAAUUUCAACAGUGGUGCCACACAAACAUAGAAAAACAAGAGUGUCGUGUGCCUGCUCUUGGCUGGUGCCAUCCCAUCCGCCAGUAAUUGCCUAUACAUGCCACAAGAUGGCAGCAAAGGACUGAUGGAAGCUCCUCAACUCACUUCAACUUAGUUCCUUGGCCCCAAGAUGUACAGACCAGUCCAAAUGUCCCCCAUAAAGAAUACCCCCCCGCCCACCCAGACCCCCAAUUAAAAAAAAUAAAUGGGAUGACAAGGCUGGUGCCACAGAAAUAUAGAAAGACAAGAAAACAUUUGACAAACACACACACACACUUUCCCGUGUCACGUGACCCGCCUGCCAGUGGGCGAAUGUUCACAGUGAACGCAUGUUUUCCUUCUAGAAGGUUCCCGGUUUUUUUCAAGCGCAAGCGGCCAUUUUGCAGGCUGUUGUUGAAAACGGUUGCACGUCACAAAACCUGAUGACUUUUUUGUUGUUGUUGUUUUUUUAAACAAAGUUUGAGUCUUUAGUUUUUGUUUCUUGUUUGCAUAAAUGUUAAUUUAGUAUUUUUUUUGUGUUUUUCUUUUUUUUUUGGGCAGAACAACCAGAAUGUUCGUCGCGCAGACGAGCCAAACCAAAGCCAACCUUUGUGUAUACAAGCUCCACGGCUAUACGCUAAUAAUGCUAACGGUGUCGCGACAAGUAAGUGCCUUGUGCGGAAGUGCCCCGCCUCCUCGCGGCGUCGACCAAUCGGCUCGCUCGUCUUUUGACCGCGGCUUCUUGUACAAAACGUCCCGGUGGGAAUAAACCAGAUGGAAAACGUCA